UGUUAUCUCUCCAAGCCCGAGUCCGAGCACAGAGACUUCAGUCAUUCGCGGUUCAAGUUUGUGUAUUAUCGUCACCUUGUUUUACGCAGUUCUGUAACGCGGUCGUGAAUUUGUGACUCUCCAUUAAAUAAUAAAGGAAGCUAAAAUUGCUCUGUGCCCACCGCGAUGGAUUGGAAGACUGCGCUAAUAGCCUUCGCGUUAGUUCUCUAUGCUGACGGAUUUUCAAAAUACGGCCGAACAUGCAAAGACAUAGGAUGUCUCAACAGCGAAGUGUGCGUGUUAGCUGAGGACCCCUGCUCCUUCGGGCACUCGUCCAACUGUGGGACAUACCCCACUUGCAAGAAGAAGUCGCAAGUUGAAGGAUCACACGCAGAGCCUGCGAAGCCAUCUGUGACAACGCCCAAACCUCAAACGCAUAACUUUGACUCAGCCCCUAACUACCCCGCCCCGGCCCCACCGUCGGGAGGAAACUCCCCUUACGGAGGAAGCUCCCCUUACGGAAAUAACUCCCCAUACGGCAAUAACUCCCCUUACGGGAGCAACACUAACACUGGUGGUAACUCCCCGUAUGGAGGCAACUCCCCUUACGGGAGCAACACUAAUACUGGUGGUAACUCCCCGUAUGGAGGCAACUCCCCUUACGGGAGCAACACUAAUACUGGUGGUAACUCCCCGUAUGGAGGCAACUCUCCUUACGGAGGCAACUCCCCAUACGGCGGAAACUCGCCCUAUGGGGGAAGUUCGCCUUACGGAGGGUCAUCCAACGGAGGGCAUAGCCCAUACGGAGGUAAUUCCCACGGUGGCUCUAAUCCCAGCCCUUUCGGAGGUUUCGGUGGCAGUUCAGGUAGCAACGGAAAUCCCAUCGACAGCAUUCUGAACACCAUAAACAAAUACGCUGGUGGGAACACCGGCGGCGGUGGCACUAAACCUGGAACCGGCUCAGGCGGAUCAGGCGGUUUCUCCAACAUCUUCGGAAGCAUCCUUAGUGAUAUAACCAAGAACGGAGGUUUGAACAACUUAUUCAACUCGAGACCGAUUAUGGAGAAUCCUAAUUACUCUUCUUAUAGCUCCAAUUCCAGGAGUUCUAACCCUCAGUAUUAUCCAUCAGGUCAACCGAGCUAUCAGACCCCCACCCAAAACAAGAAUUACGGGCAAAGCAACACCCAUCAUAGUGCGGGCACCACACACAAACCAGUGUCGUACGGAUGGAACGUUGGUAUCGCAAUGGUAGUGAUGUGCCUGAUACACCGAUAUAUCCAGACGUCAGUAUAGUGAAUAAGUUAGAAUAAAAAUAAAAUGUUAUAAGCCGCAAAUAAUAAAGCUUAUUAGCUUAUCCGAAACUAUUGGGAUUAGAAAUGAGAUUAAAAUAAAAAACUCAAAUUGAAUCUCUUAACUUUAAUAAUACAGACUAGAAAACAUGAGCAAUAAGUAAAUGGCUUACAAAGUUAUGGUACCUCAGUUAUAAUAUUGUAAAACGUAAGUAAAAUAUUGAAUGUUUUUGUU